UUAAUAACAAGUCUGUUAUAAAUGAAGCAAUGGUUAAAGAUAAUAUCAGCGGAGCUAGGAUGACCAAUGUUCACCCGUCUCAAGAAUUAUGUGAAAGUAUUAAAAUAGUGAUCAAGUCUUUUACAAAGCGACAGAAUACUAUUAAUGCGUUAUCCAGUAUUGUUAGUCAA